ACCUGUCAAGCACUUCUCCAGCCUGCCCUUCGCGCUUAGCCCUGGUGUUCCUCUAUACUUGUCCCAAUUGUACUCAAUAUCCAUCAAUCUUAUAUCGAUCAACGGAAUACGAAGACCAGCGGUCUAAACAAAGGCUUCCACCAUGCCGAAGAUCACUGAGAUUCUCUUCGACUGCGACAAUACCCUUGUCCUCUCCGAAGAACUCGCUUUCGAAGCAUGCGCCGAUAUCGCCAAUGAGAUCCUCGAAAAGAACAACAUCGACCAUCGCUACACCGGCGACCAGCUCAUCGUCGACUUCGUCGGCCAAAACUUCCGUGGGAUGAUGGUCUCGCUGCAGGCCAAAUUCAACUUUACUCUGACCCCAGAGGAACUCGAGGCCUAUGUGAAGGAGGAAGAAAACCGUGUAAUCGCCAAGCUCGUUGCCAAGGCAAAGCCCUGCGUUGGCGCCAACGAAGAGCUCGAGAAGCUCGCAAAGUCCGGAAAGUAUGGCCUCGCCGUCGUCUCUUCCUCGGCUCUUCGCCGUGUCAGGGCAUCGAUCGAGAAAGUCGACCAGGAGAAAUACUUCCCCAAGGAUCAUAUCUUCAGCGCUGCCACCUCGCUCGAGAAGCCCACCACCAAGCCGGACCCAGCCAUCUAUCUGCACACCCUCAAAGUUCUCAACAAGGAGCCUACCGAAUGCGUUGCCAUUGAGGACAGCAAGAGUGGUGCAUUGAGUGCCAUUCGUGCUGGAAUCCCGGUCAUCGCUUACGUCGGCAGCUAUAACGGCACCACGAAACAAACUGAAAUGGCCAAGACUCUUCUUGAUUUGGGUUGUAAGGUCGUUAUGAAGGACUGGGCCGAAUUCGAAAAAUGCCUUGCUGAAAUCGAGGCCGCCUAAAGAAAAAAAGCGGUUUUAUGGGGACGCCUCUUCAUAGCGCUCUACCCU